AUUCGUGGAGCUAACAUACCAAAGUUUCAUUCUAUCAUCAUCGAUUUACAACGUAAUUACGUGUUGCUUGUGAGUUUAACUACGUCUCUACAGUGAGCAUGUAGCGUAUACCAUGUGAAUAGGCCAGUAUUGUAUGUGAUGUCAUAUCGUAGCAAUAGUUCUAGGUAAAUGAAGGUUACGCGCCCUUACGCGUUUGAUGAAAAAGCUUCUCAUUCUAUAUUAGUACUCGGGUAGCUUUACAAGAAACGUUAAUGUCAUAUUUCAGAAACACAGCCAUAGCAUCAGAGAGUUAAAUUCAAUAGUGAGGUUUUUACUUCGAGGUUGAUAAACAAAACAGCAAUUACCAGCGCAGAGAGAGUUAGCAAAUGAAUCACACGUCAGAAUGUGACGCAAUCCGUAUAUAAAAUAUGAAUACGCGUAGGUUUGUCCAUAGACAGUUAUGAUUGUAUAGUAUCAUAGGUGUAUGUAUAUUUCUGACGAUCAGUUUAGCAAAAACUUUUACAAACGAAUAGGCACACAUCUUACCCUAACAAUAUUUCUUUAACGAGUUGUAUUAUGUUAAAGGUACACAAGAAGUCUUAGUUAAAAAGGGUGUAAAUUAUAACUGAAAUGUCGCUUACUAAUCAAACGAAUUCAACCAGCAUCCCGCCAGCGAAGAAUUUCACAGGAAGCAUAGAUUAUGACGAUUCAAACGCAACAGAUCUCGUCAUAUGGAUUGGAUGUGGCGUGUCAAUAGUUGCCGUUACCAUUACGUUAAUAACCUACAUUUCAAACAGACGCCUACGUGUUCGACGCAGACAUAUGCUUACCAUCAAUCUAUGCAUAUCAUUGCUUAUAUUCUACGUUGGUUUUGUUAUGUCUUUUAAAUCUGGGACUCCGAACAUGGAAGGAAUGAACCAUACACAUUUCGAUAUAAAAGUCCCAAUGUCAUCGAGCUGUAUUGCAGGUGCCAUCCUUACAAUGGCGGGCUGGUUCUUCUUACAAUUAUGGCUUGUCAUGCAUUGGGCUUACCUUGCCUUUGUAACAAAACAGAGAGCUGGGAGGCAUAUAUCUAACUUCGUUAUUAAAACUGCUGUACCAGCGUACGGUUUAUCAUUGUUAUAUGUGGCAAUACUAGCUGGCGUCGAUAAAGCCAACAACCAUCGUUUAAUUUCUCCAUUCAAUUGUUUGUUUGUUUUAAUUGACGAAGGCUUCGCAUAUGCGUUCGCUGUCACAUCUGCGUUGUGCGUAACUGUGGUAUCCGCAUGUGCGCUGUACAUCAUCGUCAAGUUAACGAUCAAGAAAACUAAAAGCACUGUUCAAUCAAAACUAAAGAAAUCACGUCGUUCUUUGAUCCGAACUAUUAUGUUGACUCUUGCCAUCUACACUCUUAUGAUUCCUUUGUUGAUAUCGUUAGUUGUUCAUCGAAUAGAAGGAGAUGCGUCUUUGGAGUCAGUGCAGUUACAAAUAAACCUUGGAUACGUGAUGGGAAUCAUUGCUGGCUUGGAAGGAAUUCUUAUAGUGGGAAUAUUACUCUUUCAAAACGAAGAGUUUCGAUUCCACUGGGUCUCCGUGUUUUCGGGAAGAGAUCCCUCUUUAUCACCUGGUAGCAUCCGCAAUAUUACUCGCCGUGGAAGAUCAAGCAAGUCCAACAUCAUUGUUGCUCCACAAGACAUGUCGAGACAACAAGUUAGUGCGGUUAGGAUUGUACCACGUGACUCGAACACUGUUGCCAUGACGGCGGCGGAUGAAGAUUUUUUAUCAUCGGCACGUGACACACAUGAACUUCCAAUCACAACUUCGUCUUCGUCGAUUCUUACAAUCUUAACCAAUCGACGUAAAAUGACUGCACCUGCCAACAUAGAAAAUGAUGAAGCAGUCUCAGAAACUCAGAGCGCCGAUGAUGCAAUAAACAAAGAUAGAUCGGCGAGUCUUUUUAACCGGGCUCUGCGAAAUUCAGUUCGAAGAUCGAGUAAAACGAACACACCACCGCUGUCUCCUGCUACCCAGGCAAAAACACUCAACCGGUACCAAUUUCGUGACUCCAGGGUGUCGUAUGGUGGAGACAUUGAACGAAAAUCAUCGUUUUAGACUUCUUCUAUAGUUCUGCAUACAACUAGUGUUCACUUUUUUGCUCUAUUGUUGAUUUAUAAAAUAUAAUAUUUCAAAAUACACGUCUUUAAGAAACAUGUAA